CUUCCCCAGCAGCUUCACUUCUACCUGUUGAGCGUCACACACAGGCAGGUAAGACCAGACAAGCUCCCACAGUGUGUGUGUUGUGUGACAGCUUCAGAAGCUCCGGGAGGGGGGUACCGCAGACACAGCCAUGGCCGAAUCCCAGCUCAUGUGCAUGGAGGACGGCCACAUCGGAGUCAAAAUCCCGGAGUCUAAACCAGAGUUUUAUUACAGCGAGGAGCAACGCGGGGCCAUCGAGGAGCUUCUUAAGAAUGGCGAUGGUGCCUUCAAAACCAGACUCCAAGCAGACAAAAUGAAAGACUUUUUAUCGGCCAGAGAGGUCAAACUACUGGUUAACACUUUCAGAAAGUACGACUCGGAUGAUGACAGCAGCAGCAGCAGCAGCAAGAAGGCACAGUCCGGCACCGACGCGGAUUCAGGGGUCCAUUCCACCUACUGGCCCCAGAUGUCAGAGACCGAAGUGCCGCCGCUGGAUAUCGGCUGGCCCAGCGGGGGGUUCUUCAGAGGGGUGACCCGGGUGUCCGUGCACACGCACCCGCCCAAAGACAACGGACCUCACAUUAAGGAGGUGGUGCGGCGGCUCAUCCAGGAGGCCACCAAGGUGAUAGCGAUAGUGAUGGACAUGAUCACAGACCCGCAGAUCCUACAGGACCUGAUGGAUGCGGCAUUCCGUCGCUCCGUGUCCAUUUACAUCCUGAUGGAUAACCAAGCUGUGCCGCACUUCCUGGAUAUGUGCUCCAGGCUGCAGAUCGGCUCACAGCACCUUCGGAACAUUCGAGCCAGAUCACUUCAGGGAAUCGGCUUCAAUUUGUCCUUCGGCAGACUUCCUGGUUCACUCUGUUAUAAAUACAUGCUGGUGGACGGGGAUAAAGUCAUGUUUGGCUCGUACAGUUUCUCCUGGUGUACGUCUCGAAUGGACCGGAACAUGAUCACUGUGAUGACCGGACAGGUGGUUGACUUCUUUGACCGGGACUUUCGUGAGCUUUACGCUAUCUCCGAGAAGCUGGACCUCUACAAGGAAUUCCACGUCAGCCAGCCUGCUCCGAACACGACAGGAACACUACGCUCCAAAGUGGGGCCCAAACGUCCACCUUUACCAGCGACCACAUCCCGCUUCCAGGUUACCUUAGGAGAUUCACGGAACGCUGACAUCCAGGUGCCUGCACACAAAUACUACAAUCCCAAAUACUCACUGGUAUUUGGGGACCCCCCGCAUCGACCAGGGUCUCUGCAGGAGCGUGGACGCACCAGAGAGUCAACUCUGCCUGAGACUCCUGAGGAGGUGGAACCGGGAAGGCAACGAUUGUCUAGCAGUGAGAAGGUGGACCGACUUAGUCCUCUGCCUUCAGAAGCCCCGAACGAAAUCUUCAAGAAGCCCAACGGAGUCACGCAGGUCAAGAAGAGGUGGCCUUGGAAUAAAAAAUCCUCCACUGUCAAAUCCAACAGUAAGCUUUCAGUUAACAGCCUGGCGAACAGUAUGUGCCCCUCAGCUCCAGAAACCAGUCGGACUGAUGAGAACGAGGACAACUUUGAGGUUAUUGUGAAAACUCCAUCUAAAUCAAAGAGUAAGAAGUCAUCUAAAACGCACCAGAGGACAGACUCUGCGCAAACCGUCAACACUGCACAAGACAAUGAGAGUGUUAAGAAUCGACGUCAAGCAAAAAAAUGUAACGUGUCCUGAGAUGAACCUGCCUGUCCUCUGACCACAGAGCGAAGUGACAUCCUUGAAGUGGAUUACAAAGUGUUUUCCUUUUAAAAAAACAAAAAAACAAAACAACUAAUGUAAUCUUCUAGUGUGCAAUAUUCUAAGUAUUUUAUUCAGUGCCUUACAGACAGACCGAAUGAAUGUGCAGUCCUUUGCAUGCAGUUUUUCUAUGUUUGUUCAAAGUGUCGUGGUGUGUCCGUUGCCCUUGUGGGGUGCAGAAAAGUUUGUUGGGGCUUGAGGGAGGCUGGACACAGAAGAGUGUAUAGUUUAUAUUUGAGAGCACAAAAUGUGCUCCUUUGGCGGGGUAUAAAGAAAGCAGUUGUCUGAAGUUACAAAGGCAAACUUAAUUUUCCCUGAUUAGGAAUUCUUUGGAACUCUGAGCCACGCCCGUCCUUUAAAGACUCUGACUCUGCUGCAAGAUGGGUGAGAAACACUCCGAUCAUGAGCGACUUGAAACAGGUCAUUAUCAGACCUUUUUUUUUUAUUACUUUUUUUUACAUGGAGACAUGUUUAAAAAAAGAAGAAAAGGUGAGGGUGACUUUGUGCUAUCCCUCUAGCAAUGUAUUGAGGGCCGUUGUGUGUACAGGACUGGACUACGAACUUUCUUAUUUUGCUAUGUUGUUGUUUACCUGUUAAAAAUCUUAACAAAGAACUUAUGUUAAUGUCCAUUUGAUGCACUAAUAAAUUUUGGGACCUCU